CUCUGUGCCGGGACCGGAAGUAGCUUUCUACCCGACCGCAUUUUGCUGGUGGCUGCAUUUCCGGUAGCGACGGCGGGAAUCCGGUUGUUGGCGGGUGUCUAGGCCUCUGCGGAGGCGAAUCCGGCGGGAAUCGGAGCCAUCAGAGCCGCCACCAUGACUGUGGGCAAGAGCAGCAAGAUGCUGCAGCACAUCGACUACAGGAUGAGAUGCAUCCUGCAAGAUGGCCGGAUCUUCAUUGGCACCUUCAAGGCUUUUGACAAGCAUAUGAAUUUGAUCCUCUGUGAUUGUGAUGAGUUCAGAAAGAUCAAGCCAAAGAACUCCAAACAAGCAGAAAGGGAAGAGAAGCGAGUCCUUGGUCUGGUGCUGCUUCGAGGGGAGAACCUGGUCUCAAUGACAGUAGAAGGACCCCCUCCCAAAGAUACUGGCAUUGCUCGAGUGCCACUUGCUGGAGCUGCUGGGGGCCCAGGAAUUGGCAGGGCUGCUGGCAGAGGAAUCCCAGCUGGUGUUCCUAUGCCCCAGGCUCCUGCAGGUCUUGCUGGACCAGUCCGUGGGGUUGGUGGGCCAUCCCAACAGGUGAUGACCCCUCAAGGAAGAGGCACUGUUGCAGCUGCUGCUGCUGCUGCCACUGCCAGUAUUGCAGGAGCUCCAACCCAGUACCCACCAGGCCGUGGGGGUCCUCCACCACCUAUGGGCCGAGGGGCACCCCCUCCAGGCAUGAUGGGCCCACCUCCUGGUAUGAGGCCUCCUAUGGGUCCCCCAAUGGGGAUUCCCCCUGGACGAGGGACCCCGAUGGGCAUGCCCCCUCCAGGAAUGCGGCCCCCUCCCCCAGGGAUGCGCGGCCUUCUUUGACCCUUGGCCACAGAGUUAUGGAAGUAGCUCCACAGAGGCGUGGGCCCGAUUCCCCAGGGCCACGUUACCACAGACCUGUUUGUUUGUUAUGCUGUUGCUCGCGGAGUCUCACCGGAUUGUCUGGUUUCCCUUACAGGGCCCCCUCCCCCGGGAAUGCGCCCACCAAGGCCCUAGACUCAUCUUGGUCCUCCUCAGCUCCUUGCCUGUUUCCUGUAAGGCUGUACAUAGUCCUUUUAUUUUCCUUGUGGCCUAUGAGACUGGUUUAUAAUAAACUCUCAAGAGAAUAUUGUAAAUGCACCUGAUGUAUCCAUUUGUAAGCAUCCUUUGAUAUAUUGGGUGCUUAAUAAUUAGAGUCAAAAGGGUUGCCUUGGAAAAAUUAGCCCUAAUCUUAGUUGCUUCCCUGUAAAAUACUUUACUACACCAUUGCAUCUGAUAUAUAAUAGUCCCAUAAUAAGAGAUUUGCAAAAUUGGACCAUAUGAAACAUUUUGUCUCAUCAAAACUCAAAAAACUUCAGCUUGUUGAAAUAAACAUUCAUAUGCUGUUGGUAA